AUGUCUUCCACCUCGUCAUCCUUCCGCUCAGAGAUAAACAUCCCGGUGAAAAAGGACCCGCGGACAUUUGAACAGAGUCGCAAGGACCUAGUAACCAAGUUAGAGAAGAGCUACAAGUCCUCGUCUAUGACAGAUGCAGGUGAGGACGCCAUAUCCAGUGUGUCCUCACAGAACGUUAAGUCGACUACUCGUAGUAGUGGAGCCGGACCUCUGACAACCGGAUCCUCCUGGGAAUUUCAAAGGAGCAAAUGGAUCGACGAUGCAAGGAGAAAAUUUGAUGAGGAUGUUCGGCGGAUGCGAAGUAAUAUGUUUGCUCUGGAGCCAAUGGACGAAUUUGACCUCGAGAAUUGGGAUAAUUUUAGUAGCCUAACCGGAGGUCCGGGAGGUGCGGACCACGGUUUUGAGGCUAUGGAACGUCGGAUGCAAGCACUUCGUCAGCAGAUGGACAGCCAGAUGCGAAUGCUCGGGCCAGGCGGUGGCCAUCCAGGUGGACAUCAUCAAAUGACUUCACAUUUCUCCAGUUCGUCCACGCGCACGGUCAAUGAUGGCGGUGUCGUCACGUCAAACACCUCUACAACGCAGGAGUCGCGCCAGACAGUGGACGGCGUAACUACAGGCACAAAGAGCCACUCCUCAUCGAGCAACACCAACAGACUUGGGUCGGGAGUGGAUCAGCAGCUCGUGGAGAGCGCAGGAGCACCUGGCGCUGUCGUCCCGACAACGCCUGGAAGCCCUGCUCUAAUGGACUUUCUUUCAAAUGCUUAUGAAGUUGGCGAUGAUGGUCUGGUGCAUUUCAAGAUACGCUUCGACGCCAAGGACUUUGCUCCAGAAGACAUUGACGUCACGACUGUGGGGAACAGACUGACUGUCCACGCCAGUAAAUCCGUCAAAACGGCUACAUCUACCAGUUCUCGUGAAUUUAGCCGCACUGUAGACCUGCCUCGUUCUAUUGACCAUGAAAAGUUUCAGUGCUCUCUCACUGAGGCAAAUAUGAUUGAUGGAGUGCUCGUUUUGGAUGCCCCCGUUAAAGCUCCAGAUUAUGCCUCGAUCACCUUCGAUUCAAGUCACAACCUCGGUAUUCGACCUAAGGAUUCCUCAGCCUUGAAGUCUGCCGAAACUCAAGUUACUGUCAGAGGACAGUCGGGUCCAGUUGUCUUGAAUGAUGGUGCCGGUGGUAGAAAACUUCAUUUGGAAGUUCCUAUAGAAGCCGGCUUUACUGCAAACGACCUCUGUGUCCGAAUGGAUGCUAACAAGAUCUGCAUUUCUGGGAAGAAAGAGAGGAGCAGUGACAGGUCAACUUCCUCGGGAUCCAGUUCAAAGAGUUCGGAGUUUGCUGAAUUUUCGCGCACUUUUGAAGUGCCGGAGACCAUCGAUCCAUUUACCGUUUCCGCGGUUCUCAAGGGCGACACCUUGACGGCAGGGCCUCGUGCUGGUCUCCGUCUCCGAAUGAGCCCACUUGCACCUGUUCUUCAGGAUAAGCAAAUGGCUCUUCAGCGUCGGGAGGGUGCACAAAUGGCACCGUUUGAGAACAACUGGCCUCCUUUUACCUUUGCUGAUAUCCAUCGAGAAAUGGAGGAAAUGCACAGGCGACUUCUUGACUUUAGGCCAAUCAGUGACAGCAACCUUACUAUCCAUAUUGGGAACCUGUUGUUGACCACGUUUAAUAUCACCCCAAGUUUGGACCUUUUUCAGCCAUUCGAUAUGUUCUCCUGCUGGGGAGACAGAAAUUCCACGACUUGGUUUCGCGACAUCAAUGAGCGGAUGAGAAAUAUGCACAACGACAUGUUGCGGUUCAUGCGUGAAUCGGGGAUGCCCUCAUUCUCAGAGGAUUGGUGGUGCCUGCCCAACAUGGCCGACUGCUUCACUAAGGAUGCCAAUGGCCAGACCUGGUUUAGGAUCAAAUUCAACCUUCAGUCGUUCGAUCCGGAGGACAUCGAAGUUCGUGUAGACGACCAAUUAUUGUCUGUGCAAGCCAAGCACAGCCAACGUGGAAGUCAUUCGUCAAGUAGUCAGUACUUCUGCCGCGCGAUGCUUCUUCCAGAUGGAGUCCUAACGGAGAAACUCAAAUCUGCCUUGGACAAGGACGGGAUUUUGACUGUAGAAGCUCCAGCUCCUGGCGUCGACGCACAAAGGCUUUACCAAGGCCAGACAAGACGGAUUCCCAUUGAAGAGGGUGGUCGUCGCAAAAUGUUGCACGACCGACGCGAAAAUCAAAAGGAAUACAUCACAGAGCACCACGACGGGAGCCGAUCACUAAACAUAACAAUGCCGAUCGAUGAUAUAUACAGUGAGGAAGACCUUCACGUAAGACUUCGUGGUGGUCAUCUGAUUGUGGAGGGAGAAAGAGGAGACAACCGCUUUUCACGCAGCUUCCCUGUUCCCCGUCACGUAGACACCGGAAAACUUGACGCCAAGCUUUGCAACGGAGUUGUUACGAUAAAUGGACCCGUUCCAUAA